CAAAGUUCAAACCCUAAACCUUCGCAAUAUAAGGCCUGCCGCUGAUUGUUCAGUUCUCUUUGGACGGAAGAGGAACUCGAAGGCUUCAUCGUCGAAUCUGAUUAAAUGGGUAAGGGAACGGGAAGUUUCGGUAAGAGGAGGAACAAGACCCACACUCUCUGUGUUAGGUGUGGCCGUCGCAGCUUCCACCUGCAGAAGAGUCGAUGUUCCGCCUGUGCAUUUCCGGCUGCCCGUAAGCGAAAAUAUAACUGGAGCGUGAAGGCGAUUAGGAGGAAGACCACUGGAACUGGGCGGAUGAGAUACAUGCGCCAUGUUCCACGCAGAUUCAAGAGUGGUUUCAGAGAAGGUACUGAAGCAGCGCCCAGGAGCAAAGGAGCAGCAGCGUCUGCCUAAAACAUUGAAGGUUAAUUGUGGCACAACUUUAGUACUCUAUUGUAGUUUCUAGGUGGGUUUGUGUUUUUUGGACCAGAAUCUAUAUGAAUUUUGUUGGAUAAUGUUAUUACCUUCAAUACCAUAGCUCAUUUUAUUUCUUACAGUUUUGUUUAUGGAAUUCA